UCAAAAUGGCGGACGAUCUUGGCAACAAAAAGCCUAAAAGCAGAAAACUGCCUCCCCUUGGUGGUACAGGGGGAGCGGAUGAUAAAGAAGGUAGUGAGAAUGUUCCUAAACCUAGACCAAAGAAAAAGAAACGCCCAACUACAGCCAAAGCGGCAGCUGACGGGCAAGACUUUAGUGAAAGUGGGCAGGCUGGUUCUGCUGCUGGGCCUGGCCCUGGUGAAGGAAGUGUCCGCAAGAAAAAGAGACGUCCUCGGCCGAAACCUGCUGGUGGUGAAGAAGGGCCGUCUGCUGACACUGGUGGGGAUGUGGUUGAUGGCGAUCAGGCAACGCCAAGAGCCAGGAAACCUCGAAAAAAGUCGCCGAGGAAGCCAAAGCAGCAAGAUGCCAGUGGCAGUCAGCACAGUUUGAUUGGUCAGUCUGAAGAGGUCGAGGGUGAACCUGAAACACCCAGGAGGACACCAAGAAAGAAAAAGAGGAGAACUCCAAGAUCAUCCAGGACCAAUCUAAAAGACGAAUAUGCCAAUGGUGGUCUUGCUGCGGAUCUUGCUGAUUUGGAAGAUGACAUCAUUGAUGGCGUGAAAUCUGAAACCGAGGCAGAUGAUGAGGAUGAUGAAGAGGAUGUUGUGAAUGCACCAUCUGGUGUUAAUCUCAAGAGUCAGCCGGCAAACAAAUUAUAUAUAGAACAGAAGAGCCGAUUUAGACAAGAGGACAAACAGAAACUAGCCAGACGUUUGGCAGAAAUUGAGGAACGUCGACUCGCAGCAGAAACUGAAGAGCCCAAAGGAGCAUCCACUUUAGACUUUGCAUUAUCAAGCCAGAAAGGCCUGAGGAUUUUCUCUCUCUUCAUCCAUGGAAUACUUGGCGGUUUUGCCAUCUGCCAGUUCAGCUUUGUGGUGCUGAUACUCCUUGGCUACAGCUAUACAGAAUUUCUUGACCUGUACAACGAAAUAGCAUGGCCAGUUCAAGUGGCCUACUAUCUCAUGUUUGUUAUCUGUACAGUCUCUGCUUUAGACAGAUUUGAUGUGUGUCGCAUGAACCGAAGGUUUCUGAUUCAAUGCCUGACAAUGCAGAACGGUGCCAUCUCCAUCCUCUUCUACUUUGUUGCCAUGAUUCUCAGCCUCAGCAUCGCAGAUACGGAUGACAAGAUGAGACUUUAUGGGGUGAACUCGACUUUCUACUGGGGAGAUGCUACGACUGCCGACGAUCUGAUCUACACCUGGAGGAACGUGAACAUUGCCAGGGGCUGUUUCGCUGUUGUGGCUUGGUUUAUCAUCGCACUACAGCCAACAUACGACCGCUUGUCACAGAAUCUGAAAUCUGGAGAAGAAAACAUACUUGGUGAAGGAAGGGAAAUGAACUCUGUAAGUGCAGUGUGAAAUUGCAACAGACAAGAGAAUGUGCCAAGAAUUGUGCACCCUAAUUUGUAAAGUAUAGGUCAGACAGUGCUGUGUUGUGAUAACUAGUUAUCAAUAGUUCACCAUUUCAAAACAGAAGAGAUUUUUGAGAUGAUUGGCUGUGGACUUUUUUGUCGGCCACAGUUUGGAUAUUUCAGGAUUGUACUGAGCAGAAGUUGGCACUUGCACAUUUUGUAUAGUUUUGUAAUAUUUUAUCAAAAUCAAUACAUCCUAUUUAUUAUUAUUUGGUAAA